GAUAAGUUAAUUGCAGAGGAGCAGCCCAAUGGCUGCAGUUAGCUCUGGCCAGGCUGCACGGCUUUGUGGAGGGGAAGAAAGGUGAUGGUGCCUCGGAGCAGCACAGCUGAAAUACUGAAACACUGGCACUCUGCUGCAGCCUGACAUGGGAGCAGGCGCCUCCCUUUCCAUUUGCCAAUCACUCUCUUCUAUACAAGUUAGGCACACAACGAAUAAGGUUUCACCAGAGCUGCAGUUCAGCAGAGAAGGAAGCACAUUUGGUGUCCCUCUGGAAACCCUUGUAGAGGAUGCAGAGCAAUGUGGGGUUCCUUCUCUUGUGACACAGAUGGUGGAGUACCUGGAGGUAUUUGGUCUGGAGCGUGUCGGUAUAUUUCGGGUUGGUGGCUCAGCAAAUAAAAUCAAGGCAUUGAGGCAGAAGUACAAUCAAGGGGAAAAAGUAGACCUUAUUAACGAUGGAGAUGUUGAUUCUGUGGCCAGUCUCCUGAAGCUCUUUCUGAAAGAACUACCAGUGGCUGUUUUUCCAGACAAUAUUUGUUCUGGCUUGUUAAAAACUUUCCAAGAGCACAAAAUUAACACAACAGAAUGCAUAGAGAACCUGAGACAGUUGCUCAGCUGCCUGCCCAAAGCCCAUCAAAACCUCCUCCAGUUCCUGUCUGCCUUCCUGUUAAAGGUAGCAACCUACAGCGCAGUGAAUUUCAUGACUCUGGAAAACCUGGCCAUCGUGUUUGGACCUGCUCUGUUCAAGGUUCCUGUCAGUCCCUUGGCUUGUGAAGAACAAAGGCUUUACAAUGGCCUCCUGCUGUAUUUGCUCCAACACCAGGAGAUGCUUUUUGUUGACCUGGACCCUUGCUGCUCACAGAGACAAGCAGAUGGCCUUCAGGCAAGCAACACAGAAGAUGUGGAAGAGGACAGAUUUACAUUGUUAAGGAAGAUUCACCGAGAUUUGGAAAUCUGUGGUUACACAGUGAGCUUGAGAUACUCGUGCCUCUUGCAGAACAAUGGGACUACUUUAAGGGUUUUACUUGUUUGUUUUAUUUUGGUUUUGCUUUUUGUUUCCUGCUUGAUAUGAAUUUACCCCAAGUAAACCUGGUUAAAGGGCAAUACAUCCAUAUUAUUUUGCUCUAGCUUGACUAUAUCAGCUUAAUAUUAUUUUCCCAUGGUGUGCCUGCACAGCCUUACUGCAGGGUGAUGUGUGAUGUGGUGUGACAGCACUGUGUGGGAUCCCCCACAUCCCUCUAGAAUGACCUGUUUUCAUCACUCUUACUGCUACUCCACUGUUUGCAUUGACUUUUUGAAGUUUUGGGACUUUGUGUUUGUUGUGUGCUGGCUUUGUUUUUCUCACAGUAAUGUUUGUAACAGGAUUUCUUUCUGCUAUGCAAUCAGGCUGGUCAAGAGAAGGUAAAUGCAGUCAUUUUGGGCACUGCCUGUGGGCAUGGAGAGAUGGAUGGAUCCAGGCUAAGCACACACAGCCACAUCUUCUCUGAUAGAUGAAUGAUUAAGGGGAAUGUGAUCCACUGUCCAGAGCCAACUCAGCUCUGCUGGAUACUGACACAGGGGAUGCCAUGGGGAACUUUUCAAGUGGUUUCAGUGGGGAUGCAGACAGAAAUUAUGGAACUACACUUUGUAAGCAAGCAUUGUGCCAAAGGUCAAGCUUUCAUUUCUAACUUUCACUGUUAGAAAGGAUAGAAAUUAGAAAAGAUAAAUUAGAAAGGAAAGAACUUUUGAGUAUUUUCCAAGCAAAAGAGACUAGCUUUCAUCCAGCCUAGUAAAAUUAAAUCCAGUAACAAGUGACAUGUGCAAAAUCCUUAGAAAGUGUUGCUGGCAACCAUUGUAAAUUGUAGCUCAGUGGUUUCUUUUCCAGCUUUGAGAGUAAAACUCUACAGAAGUUUUAGGUUACCAGACUUUAAUUUGCAAGUAUAAUUCUCUGAAUAUCCCUCAUUUCCCCUUAACAGCAGUCAUUAAAAUUUGCUAACAUCUCACCCUUUCUUCAGAGAGCAUGACAGACUGAGGAAAUAGCAGUUCUCCAGACUUUAUACCAAAGCAUAGUUUUACCUUAAUUGCUGUCAAGCAGUUUAUUUGUCUCACAGCUGUAAAACAGGUGUCUGUAGCUCAGCAGAACAGUGCCAUGGUAAAUUGAAUGAGGCAGGCACUACUAUAUAUCCCUGAGAGCUGAAGGUGCUUUGAGGAUCAUGGGUCAGUCGUACCAGGCUGGGGCUGAAGAAGUAGAAUUAUAGAAGCUGUUUUCCUGUUGAUUCCUUAUGAAAAUAGAAAUUAUGUAACUUAA